UUUCCCAAUACCAUGGGCCAGAGCAUCAGUGAGUGGUUGUGGUGGGAACGCCUGUGGCUCCCAGCUAACCUGAGCUGGUCAGACCUGGAGGACAGAGGUGGUCGAGUUUACGCCAAACCCUCGCACCUGUACGCUGCCCUGCCCUAUGCUUUUUUCCUGCUCUUUAUCAGAUACCUGUUUGAAAGGUACAUAGCCCUCCCUCUGGCUGGACUGUUGGGGUUCACGGAUAGGCUACAUCUCACAGCAGAACACAACCCCCUCCUUCAACACUACUUCCUCACCCAAUCACGAACCCCGACACAGGGGAAUGUCAGGGCUCUGUGUAAGAAGACAGGGUGGUCCGAGAGGCGUGUCAACAUCUGGUUCAGGAGGAGGAGGAACCAGGACAGACCAGGCCUCUGCAAGAAGUUCUGUGAAGCCAGCUGGAGGUUUGUGUUUUACCUGAGUGCGUUUGUAGGAGGACUGUUGUCUUUAUAUGAUAAACCAUGGUUUUAUGACCUAAGGGAGGUUUGGGCUGGUUUCCCUAAACAGUCCAUGCUGCCAUCUCAGUAUUGGUAUUACAUGGUGGAGAUGAGUUUCUACUUUUCUCUACUUCUCAGCCUCACAUUCGAUGUUAAACGUAAGGACUUCAAAGAACAAGUCAUUCAUCAUAUAGCCACGUUAACUCUGUUGGCAUUCUCCUGGAGUUCAAACUAUAUCCGCGUUGGAACUGUUGUCAUGGUGCUGCAUGAUUCCUCUGAUUGGCUGCUGGAGGUAGGUAAGAUGUUUAACUAUGCCAAGUGGGAGUGGACCUGCAACAUUGUGUUUGUGCUGUUCACUACAGUCUUCAUGGUGACACGACUCAUCAUCCUGCCCUUCUGGGUGAUCCACUGCACUUGGGUGUAUCCUGUUGAGCUUUACCCCCCAUUCUUUGGCUACUACUUCUUCAAUGCCAUGCUGCUGCUGCUGCAAAUGCUACAUCUCUACUGGGCCGCGCUGAUAGUACACAUGUUCUACAAGUUACUCAACAACAGCUUUAAUGGAGAUGACAGAAGUGAUCAAGAGGAAGAUGACUCAACUGAUACCUCUGAGAAAGACAACCACAAAAGACACACUAAUGACCCUGGAGCCAGAGGCAGAUCCACCAAGCACUAAGAUAGAACAGCGAAGCACCACCCAUAGAUGUGGAGAGCCCAAACACUCAGACCUAGUCCAGGGGGGUCAAGCAGGAAACCUGAUUUUCAGAGCAAAACAUGAAGGACAAUGCACAAGAGUUGUUUGGGUUCAAUGAAGUCAGGGUGGCAGUGUAGUAGCAUGAAGAUUGUGAGAUAUUAGUAUAGUCAAAAAUCUUAAAUUAUAAUAAAUGAAAAUGACAAACAAAUCAAGGUUCCGUU